GUGCGUUUGAGAUGGACUAGCCAGCUUGUGACUCCAUGGCUUGACAGCAGGAGUGCGCUGGUGGCCUCACGGAUUGGCAGAAUCCGGAAGGAUUACUCUGGUUGCCAAACACAGGAGAUUUGGUGUGCCAAAGGACAAUUCACCUAGGGUGUGGAAAAAAGUAAACCACACCUACCUCUGCUCUGUCAGAUCACAAUGCUGGAAUGUGAUUUUGGACACGGGAACGUGGUGUUAUAUUUGAUGGAAUUAUGACCAGCAGAAGUAUCUCCAAUGGAAAUACUGUCUGAUUGCAGAAACCUCUUUAAAGGAUUUCAAGUGGAUAAACACAGUGUUUUCUAGUUAACAGUAAUGGAUCUCUUCAUCUACUUUCUUGGUGCACAUCGCACCAACGAUAAAGAGUAGGCAAACAGUGAUUGAUGAUGGUUAAGGACACAAACAGAGCCAUUUUGCCUUUGCUGCUGCCUUUCUCAGAAAACAUGCACAGGGGUAGAAUCCCCCGAGGACGUUGUCCUCUGCCUCUCCCCCUCUUCCCAAUUCUCCUCCUCUCAAUAAUGACCUCAGUGGGUCUUUGCAGUGUGCCAGGAAUAGAAUAUGAUUGGGGUGCUCACCCCAAGCUAGUUUGCACCCCCAUACCUGCAGAUGCUGACCCAAGCUGCUUUCCCCCAGGUGGUGUUACUAAUGGGCCUAGCACUAAUGGACAUAGCAAUGGACAUGCCAAUGGACACAGCAAUGGACAGUAUGGUGCGCUUCCCAACAGUCCAGGAAGCAGCAGCAGUCGACGAGGAAUGUCUGAUGAGGCAAAGGCUACCAUUCUCCACCUGAGGGAGAGCCUAGUGCGUCAGAAGGAGACCAUCCUAGACCAGCGAGAGACUAUACGAGAGCUGACAGCAAAACUGACACUUUGUGAGGGCUUUGGGAGGGGUACAGGUGGGCACCACGAUGACGAUCACCAUGGACCGUCCCACCAUGGCUCUCACCACUCCUCACAUCACUUUGACAGUGACCAUCAUUCUGAUCCCCAUUAUCCUCUUAAUGGGCACCGCAAUGACCAUCAUAGAGGAAAGUCACCAUAUCUGGGCAAACAUGGCUUCUCCCCAGAGCAGGCAGGGAAGACACUGCAGACUCUGAAAGAAAGGCUGGAGAAUUUACAGGCAAGGAAUUCCUCCAGCACCUAUUCAAACUCCUUGAGAGACCUUCUACAGCGCAAAAUUAAUGCAUUAGAAGAGCAGCUCCACCACCACUAUGAUGGUCAUCAUGACCAUGGACACCAUGACAACCAUGGGCAUGGUCAUCAUGAUGAUCACCAUGAAAAUCAUCAUGACAGUCAUGGAGAUCAUCAUGAUGAUCACCAUGAAAAUCACCAUGCCAACCACCAUGACGACCACCACUAUGGCCAUCAUUACAAUCACUAUUACGGCCAUCGCUACGAUCGACACGGUACACGACAUGAUGAUCAUCAUGACAACCAUCAUGAUGAUCACCACGAUGACCAUCAUGAUGACCACCAUGAUGACCAUCAUGACGAUCACCAUGAUGACCAUCAUGACAAUCACCAUGAUGACCAUCAUGAUGACCACCAUGAUGAUGGUCACCACGGCAAUGAUGAUCAUGGCAACCAAGCCCGGACCCCUCACAAACCAACAGGAUCAAGAGCACCAGCCCGUGGGGCCCACAACAAGCUGGACACGGUGCUCAGCCAUCUGUAUCACAGGCCACCGGAAGCAGGGACCCACAAGAAAACUAAGAAUCCUGACGCCUUUCAAAUCGGAUUUCCCAUGCGCACCAACUACAUGUAUGGCCGGAUAAAGCGUACUCUUCUCAAUGAGAUCUUUGCCCUGACUGUCUGCCUCUGGGUGAAGGGGGGCUCAGGGCCAGGGCUUGGCACCCCUUUCUCUUACUCUGUUCCUGGUCAGGCUAAUGAGCUUGUCUUGAUUGAAUGGGGCAACAAUCCGAUGGAAUUACUCGUGAAUGACAAAGCUGUGACUCUACCCCUAUCUCUAGCAGACAGUAAGUGGCAUCAUCUGUGUGUGACAUGGUCGACUCGAGAUGGUGUGUGGGAGGCCUAUCAGGAUGGAGUGAAAAGGGGCUCUGGGGAAAAUCUAUCCCCCUGGCAUCCCAUAAAACCAGGGGGAGUGUUUAUACUGGGACAGGAGCAGGACACUCUGGGUGGCCGCUUUGAUGCCACACAGUCUUUUGUGGGAGAGAUGUCAGACCUGCAGCUGUGGUCACGUGUCCUUACCUCUCAGGAGAUCUACAACCAGGCUUCUUGUUCCAGCCACCUCACAGGAGAUGUCAUCGCUUGGAGCGAGCCCAUUGUUGAGCUCCACGGAGGGGUUACCAAAUACCCGUUUGAUCCUUGUCAUUAAAGGUCCAAGAAGGCUAGCUCACCUUAAGUCACAGAACACCUCCAAAUGAGUUGGAUCCAGUGGUGUUCUGCUUAACCACAAGCUUCUCUCCAUGCAAGUCCUGCAACAAAAAUAGAGGCUCACAGAGCCUCUAAUAGUCAAGGGACUGGAGAUGGAGAUGAAUAUAAGCAUUGUGACGGCUGCUGCUGCUAAUGCUGCUACUGCUUCUUAAGCAAUAUCCAAGCCAGUCUAAUGCUAUAGGAUUUGCUACUUUUAAAUGGGUCCAAGUAGGCCCUGGGAAUUUAGCCAAGCACUUUAUUAGAUGUGUUUCAAUUAAACACUGUACACUAAUACGCUAAAGUGUCUCAGAAAAACCAACAUAUACCAUCCUUUCAAUUUUAUCCUUUUUGUUUAGUAAUGAGGAAGGUAAAUGAAACACUAAGAAAAGGAGAACAUAACUGAUGCAUAGGGAAGUAAUGGUCAGUUGGGACAUGUGAAGUGAAGAACACUGUCGUUUUUGUUAGACCUUGACGCUGCUUUGAGCAGCAUGGGGCAGCAACAAAGUUUUAGAGGCCUAUUUUAAUUUUACUUCAUGUAAAUGUUUCAUACUGAUAUUUUUUUUAAUCAAAACCAGACUUCAAUUAGUUCUGUUAAUAGAUUACUAUCCAAGGUGCUCUUUCAGCCUGCUUCUCUCCUUUUGGUUCAGAUGUAUGCUCUGACUGCUGGGAAAACGAAAAAGUAUUGUACUGUUUUUAUAUAAACAUAAAUGUAAACAAAAAGAAAACCAAAGACCAAAAAAAUGCAUGUAUAUUCAUGUAUGUAUCAUUUCCAUCUAACCAUGGGCAUUUUUCAACUAGGCUUUUAUUGUUUAUUGUGCUUGCAUGUGUGUGUGUUCAUACAGUUUAAGGGGUCUCAAAGGAGUGAAAUUUGCACUUUUUGUUCAAUCCUAUAUUUGUAUUUCAUGCAAAUAUGCAUAUGACUACUAAGAGCAGGUGGGCCGCUGUAAUGGGUCUGCAUAUGCGCAUGCCAGCAAGCCAGGAGCUGCAGGAGAAUGCAGAGGUGUCCAUGGCAACAUAGCUUAAAGGAGGAUUAAACAGACGUAGAGAGCCCUCUGAUUUAUUCUCUCUAUCUCUUGCUCUUUCUCUUUAAAAUGCAGCCCAGGUAUAUGAGCUCACAAUUGCUCUCUCUCUCUCUCUCGCUCUCUCUCUCGCUCUCUCUCUCUUCCUCAUUCACUGUAACACACUGGUCUUUGGGGGCACGUCACUGUAAACUAUGUAAAUAGCUUUAUGUUGCACUUUGAUGCUUGUAUUCUGUGGGAAACGGGUUCAAUAUAAUCUGUGCAAUAUAAGCAUAUGCUUUAGGCAAAUAUUUUAAGCUAUUACAAAAGCUGCAGAGCUGUCUUUUAACAUAUGUUAAAAUGUAUAUGUUUUUAUGUGCAAACAAUAUGUUUUGAUUUGAAUUCACAUAUUCCUGCCCACCUUUCAUCGUCCAAUUCAGUGGAAGAAAUGGACCAUGUGACAAGCAGAUUGCUUUUCAAUGUUUAUGUCUUCCAGUUUUACAGAGAGUCAGACUGCAUUUAAUGACAUCUAGAAUCCUCUCCAGGUAUGGGGCUCAUUGUUGCCAUGGCAAUAGGCUGGGCACCAUUUUCUGGUAAAAAGAGACUGUGCGCUUAAAACCCUCAACGGCAUGCUGGCUUCCGUGAGGUCUGCAAAAAACUCCCUACGUAACUCAGACUCAGAAAUCUGUCAAACCCUCCUGCCCUGUCGACUCCCCACCAACCCUCACAACAGACACAUGUGAAAUCCACGCACAGAUCAGACAAUCAUGUUUUGUAUUUGUUUGUUUUAUUGUUUAUCUUGCUUGUUUUAUUUUACAUAUACUAUUUAAACCUACUGCUAAAAGGUUUUAAUAACUGUACUAAGGAAUGAAAUGAACAACGUAUUUUCAAGAACAUGAGCUGCAUCAUAAAUAUGUUGCUUAAUCUCUUAAUCGCCUUUGGUAUGUACUUCUGUAUGUAUACAUCACACUGUAGGUUUUACCACCUUUAUAUUUUCAUGGAUGUACAUAUUGUUCGACUAUUUUUAUUUACAUAUGUGUUUGGGCACAUGUUCAGUGUCUGUAAGCCAAAUACUAUAUGCUAAAUCAUUUAACUUGCAUAAAGAAAACAAGAGACUUGUUCCACUAUCUAUUUGUAAAUAAAGUAAUGCUGAGUUACUGAA